CCAAAAGGAGUCCACUCUCCACUUGGUUCUCCGUCUCCGUGGUGGGAUGCAAAUCUUUGUCAAGACCUUGACUGGAAAGACAAUCACCCUUGAGGUGGAAAGCUUAACGUCAAAGCUAAAGUUCAGGACAAAGAGGGUAUCCCACCAGACCAGCAGAGGCUCAUUUUUGCUGGAAAACAGCUUCAAGAUGGUCGAACAUUGGCAGAUUACAACAUCCAGAAAUAGUCAACACUCCACCUUGUCUUGCCACUCCGUGGUGGCAUGCAGAUUUUUGUGAAGACCCUUACCGGAAAGACAAUUACUCUGGAGGUAGAGAGCUCAGACACAAUUGACAAUGUAAAGGCAAAGAUCCAAGACAAGGAGGGUAUUCCUCCAGACCAGCAAAGGUUGAUUUUUGCUGGGAAGCAGCUUGAAGAUGGUCUAAUACAAUAUUCAGAGUCUACCCUUCACCUUGUCCUUCGUCUGAGAGGAGGAAUGCAGAUCUUUGUGAAGACUUUGAUAGGUAAAUCUGUCACCUUGGAGGUUGAAAGUUCAGACACAAUUGAUAAUGUCAAAGCAAAAUUCCAGGACAAGGAGGGAAUCCUACCAGACCAGCGGAGGGUUGAUCUUUGCUGGGAAGCAAUUGGAGGAUGGAAGGACACUUGCUGACUAAAACAUUCUGAAAGAGUCUACUCUUCACCUUGUGCUGCGUCUUCGUGGUGGGUUUUAAGUUUGAGCAAUGGUCUGCAGGUCCUUAUUUAGUGGGAACUGAAGUAUUUGAAAGUCUAUAAUCUGGUCUUUUUUUUUUUUUUUUUUAUGUUCCUGAACUUUGUGUGUGUGCAUCUCGGGUACAUUAGCUGACCUUGAAAAGCUAUGAAUAUGGACAAUUUGCUAUCAUGUUUGAUGAAUUUAGUACUUCCAAUAUCUUUGUUUUAGCAACAAAUUUGUCUAGUUAUGUUUUAGCAGUGGAUCUAUUUUUCUUAACAUC